UCUCGGAUCCGUGCCCUGACGUCUUUCGACCAAUCACAACGAUCUGUACUUUUGUUGGUUCAUCAGGCCGCCUCUAACUUGUCUCUCCUGAGGUUUUUGUUCCUGCAUCUUUCACCUACUAAAUAUCAUCGACUAGAAAUCCAAACAUCUCGGUUGAAUCUGACCAGCAAACUGGAUGAUCUGAGACGACGUCUUUGGAUAUCCCCGCAACGUAGCUCUGGAAGCUUGAGUGUCCGUCUUCGACGUCACCAGCUCCCCUGAUCUACUGCCACAGGUUUUCCCCGUCUUCCUGCGAAAGCUGUCUCAACCGCCUCCUGCUCCAUCUUGAAGCUCAGAGUCUGCUUGGUCGACAUGGUGUAAUCCAGCGGCAACGCCUUAACGUGUCCGACUUCCGCGGACAGUCUCGUGCUUCUAGGACUUUUCCCUCUAACGAGAUCACCUUGGCAUACGAAUAUGCGCGGCCUUUCAGCAUGGACCACCACAAUACAUCAAGGCCACGGCCAAAUAGCGAUGCCCGGACAAGUCAUGCGCAAGAAUACCUUCCUGCCGCACGACCUCUUCUAGCUGGUGAUGGCGAGGGCGUCGACGAUGGUGACCACGACGCCCAUCUUGAUGAUGAUGACGACGACGACAAAGACGAAGACAGUACUUCAACAGCCACAGAUAAUGACGACCCUGGCCAUGGUUCUGCACGAUCAGAGCCCAAAUGGCGCCAAGGGAAUUUCACGACCCGGAAACCAAACGACUAUCAACCCGGUCAUGAACCGCAAAUGACCGUCCGAGAAGCGAUGAGAGCUUACCCAAUGGCCAUAUUCUGGUGUCUUGCCGUGAGCAUGUGCAUCAUCAUGGAAGGUUACGACACGAUCCUGAUUGGCAAUUUCUUUGCCUUUCCUCAAUUCCAGCGUAAAUAUGGCACUUUCGUCGGCAUCACCGACCAAACUCGCUCGGGCUACCAAGUCUCUCCAUUCUGGAUGGCCAUGGUAGGCAACGCUUCAGGUAUAGGCGCGUUCUUCGGCACUUUGCUCACAGGCUAUCUGGUCGCUAUCUUUGGACAGAAGAGGGUUCUUAUCGGCGCAUUAGUAAUGCUCAGUCUCUUCAUUUUCAUCACUUUCUUCGCGCCGAAUAUAGGUGUAUUAUUCGUCGGUCAAAUCCUGUGUGGCUUGCCGUGGGGUGUGUUCGCGACGACGGCGCCCGCUUACUCUAGUGAGGUCUUGCCUACUGAACUCCGGGUUUUUGGCACGUCCUGGACCAACAUGUGCUUUAUCAUCGGACAGUUGAUCAGCGCGGGCGUGUUGAGGGUGUGUUUGGAACGGGAGGAUCAAUGGGCUUAUCGGAUUCCGUUUAGUGUGCAGUGGAUUUGGCCUGCCAUCUUGGUGCCGGUGUUGUGUUUUGCGCCGGAAAGUCCGUGGCAUCUUGUUAGGGUGGGGAGAUUGGAGGAUGCAGAGACAUCUUUGAGAAAGCUGCGGCGCGGAUCGUCGUCGUCGGCUACUGCAGCAGCAACAGCGGGAAAUGUUCCGACAGUCAAACAAGCCCUCGCGGCGAUCGUCCAUACUAAUGCUUUAGAGGAGGAUCUCAGCGUCGGCACAUCCUAUUUCGACUGCUUCUCUGGCUUUGAGCUACGCCGCACGGAAAUCGCGUGCGUUUGUUUCGCAGGGCAAGUCCUCUCUGGCGCGUCAUUCGCUUACAACGCAUCAUAUUUCUUCGAACAGGUCGGCUUGGCCGCUGAGACGACAUACAGCUUGAACUUGGGCGGUACGGGUCUCGCGUUCGUGGGGACAUUGGUCAAUUGGUUCUGUCUGAUGCCCUACUUUGGACGACGGAGAAUUUACCUGGUUGGCAUGCUCGUCAUGGCGGCGGAACUGUUUCUCAUCGGUCUACUCAAUGUCUUCAGCUCCACGAUCCCGUUUGUGGCGAUGGUACAGGCUGGGUUGACACUAGUGUGGACAUUCACGUACCAGUUGAGUGUCGGACAGCUUGGAUGGGCUUUAUCCGCCGAAGUGGGGAGCACCAGACUCCGACAGAAGACGGUCUGUCUGGCCCGGAAUGCGUAUUACAUUUGCAGUGUGGCUGCGGGGGUGUUGCAGCCUUACUUUAUGAAUCCCGAAGCGUUGGAUCUCAGAGGGUAUACGGGGUUUGUGUGGGGGACGACGGCUUUGAUUACGUGUCUGUGGGCGUAUUUUCGGCUGCCGGAGACGAAAGGACGAAGUUAUGAGGAGUUGGAUGUGCUUUUUGCGAGGAGGGUGGAUGCGAGGAAGUUUGCGAGCACGAAUGUUGAUGCGCUCGAAGGGCGGAGGCCAAAUGGGACAACGACGUUUGCUGACAGUAUUGAGAUGGAGAGGACAAGUGCCGGGCAGAGGCACAUCGAAGACAACGGUGGGCCGUCUGGAGGCAGACACAGUGUCGAGGACGAUACGGCUGGGCUACUGGCCAGAGAUGCGGAUUAAGCGAAGGAUGCACAUAGGCAAUAGUCUGGUGAGUCAU